GUUGCCGUGACAACCGACCAAGUCUCCGUUCACAAAUCUAGUGAACGUUCAACAUCGCGUCGCCGAGUGAAACUCCAGCUGGGAAAAAACAGCUGCCGAGGAGGGCGCUGUAACCUCUCUUCACUGGCAACGCUACCGUCUAAUUCAACGUAGAAGAAGAAAGACAGCAAACAACAUGGCGGCGCCCGCAGAACACGUUGAAACCAAAUCCACAGAGACGGACACAACAGAAGCUCCGGAGACCUCAGACUCGGAGCCCGCGGGUCAGGACCCGGAUCCGGACCCGGAUGAGGACGAAGACGAGCCGGCCGAGCCAAAGAUCCGGGACACCCCGGGUGACAUCCGGCUGGAGGCGAUCGCCAACACGGUGGCCCUCCACCCGAGCCGGGACGUCCUGGUGUGCGGGGACGUGGACGGGGACAUCUACGCAUACUCGUACUCGUGCACGGAGGGCGAGAACCGGGAGCUGUGGUCCUCCGGGCACCACAUGAAGUCCUGCCGCCAGGUGCGCUUCUCCGCCGACGGGCUGAAGCUCUACAGCGUCUCGCGGGACAAAGCCGUGCACCUGCUGGACGCCGAGCGCGGGCACCUGGUGACGAGGAUCCGCGGCGCGCACGCGGCCCCCAUCAACAGCCUGCUGCUGGUGGACGAGAACAUCGUGGCCACCGGAGACGACGGGGGGACCCUGAAGGUGUGGGACAUGAGGAAGGGGACGGACAUCAUGGAUCUGAAGCAGCACGAGGACUACAUCAGUGACAUCGCAGUGGACCAGGCCAAGAGGAUCCUCCUAACGACCAGCGGCGACGGCACCAUGGGCGUCUUCAACAUCAAGCGCCGGCGGUUCGAGCUGCUGUCGGAGUACCAGAGCGGCGACCUGACCUCGGUGGCGCUGAUGAAGCACGGCAGGAAGGUGGUGUGCGGCUCCAGCGAGGGGACCAUCUACAUCUUCAACUGGAACGGCUUCGGCGCCACCAGCGACCGCUUCGCCAUCAAGGCCGAGUCGGUGGAGUGCAUCGCCCCCAUCACCGACAGCAUCAUGUGCACCGCCUCCAUGGACGGGUACAUCCGGGCCCUCAACCUCCUUCCCAACCGGGUCCUCGGCUGCAUCGGGCAGCACGUCGGCGAACCCGUCGAGGAGCUGGCCAAGUCCUGGGACACCCGCUUCCUGGUGAGCAGCGCCCACGACCAGCUGAUCAAGUUCUGGGACAUCUCGGGUCUGCCCGGCACCAAGGUCAACGAGUACCGCAAGAGGAAGAAGAAGGACGAACGCAUGAAGUCUCUGUCCAAGAAGGCCCACGGGGACAACAACUUCUUCUCUGGCCUCGUGGAGGAGACGAAGGAGGAGGAGAAGGAAGAAGAAGAAGAAGAGGAGGAGGACAGCGACAGCGAUUGAGCAGCAGUCCUAGGCAGUGAAACCUAAGCUGAGCGGUUGGUCCUCAAAAGGUUCCUGCUGUGGAGCAGAAUGGAACCGUUGGUGCUGCUGUGUUUGGGGAUGUUGGUUAGUCCUCACAGACGUGAACAUCAGAAGAGAUGAAGGUCCAGAAGAUUACAAGCUCUUCUGUUCAUGCGCCACAGAUGAGAAGUGACACUAAAAUAACGGGAGGUCUUGACAAUGAAGACACGUCUGGUCACACUAGUGAUCAGAUUGAUCCUAAUUUAAAUGUAGUUCUUUAUUUAUGGACAGCUGCUUAAAUUUGGAAAACAUUUAAUUACGUAUUUUGUCAAAAAAAUAUAUGUUUUGGGGCAUUUUUGUCUGCCGAGUAAAUGUUCAUGUACUCACAUUAAAAGCUUUUUUUAUAUGUACGUCCUACUUUUUUUGUAUUUUCCAGUCACAGCCUUAAUAUCAUCAUUUAGUAGUUGAUGUAUAUUGAGCGUUAAAUACUAAAUUCUGACCAACUAGUUACUUUCUCAGCUGUUAGUGAAGUGAAACAUUUAAUGUGCAUCUUUUAGACGUAGAAAUUAGCAUUAAGAGGAAAUAAAUGACUAGACUGUA